GAAUCUUUUGGUCCAGUAGUUGCAUGUUACUAUGCGCUUGCAAAAUCUGUCACAGCCCUCCUUCAGUACCUUGCCAACAGGAUCGACUCUAACGCGAGCGCUGUUUGUCGAUAAUUUGUCGCAUUGGAUUGGUUAGACGACGGGGAUUUUAGGGGCUCAGCUCAGCUCAGCUAACCACCGUCCUAUUUUGCAAUACACAGCUAGGAGAUAAUGAUUUACUGUUAACUAUAAAGUUACUGAUUAUUCUGAUUCGCAUCCAACCUGCAGAGAUCUCUCUCUCUUUUUUUAAAAGUUUCUUUCAACGCCAACUGGCAACUGAGAUACAUCAAAAAUCAGGAUGUUGCAUGACCCAAAUUGCUCAAACGGAGCUUUUGGCAGAGCUCAAUCCAAGCUUUUACGCGCGUACAGGGAUCCGAGUCGGUUUCACUUUCGGGAUGGGGAUAUUCCACACACAUUUGGAACGUGACAGCCAAAUCUGUAUCCUUUGCGAUGCUGCAUCAUUGUUUUUCGUGUUCAAAUAUUGCAUCUUCUGCCUUAUGGGGAGGCAUCCCUUAGUGGGGUGCAAUGGAGCAGCUAGAAGAGGAACUUACAUGCCCAAUCUGCUGCGGUCUGUUCGAGGACCCGCGGGUCUUGCUGUGCUCACACAGCUUUUGCAAGAAAUGCUUGGAGGGACUCUUGGAGGGGAAUCGAGGUCCAGCUUUUAGGACACCUUUCAAAUGCCCCACCUGCCGCAAAGAGACCCCCCACAACGGCGCAAACAGCCUGCAGAUCAACUACUCUCUGCGCGGGAUAGUUGAGAAGUUCAGCAAAAUAAAGGUUAUACCCAAAAUGUCUGCAUGUAAACAACACUCCGGUCAGCCUCUUAACAUAUUUUGCGCCACCGACUUGAAAUUAAUAUGUGGAUUUUGCGCAGCGACGAAUGACCACGAAGGGCACAAGUUCUGCUCCUUGGAGGAUGCGUAUGAACGGGAAAAGAAGGCGUUUGAUGAGCUGCUUUGCGGGGUGAAGAACUGGCGUAGCGCAGACUACCUGUCCUGCCUGGAUACACUACAAGCCAGUAAGAAAAGGGCGCUUCUGUCGGUCAGUAAGGACGCAGAGAAGGUAAAAAACUAUUUCGAGAAACUCAUCAGUGCCCUUGAAUGCAAAAAGAAUGAGAUCCUGUCCGACUUCGAAACACUAAAGCUGGUGGUGAUGCAAGCAUACGACCCGGAGAUCAGCAAGCUGAGCGCAGCGCUGGAGGAGCAGAAACGCGCGCUCAGCAUCGCUGGGUCUUUCGGGAGCGUUUCCGACACCCUGUGCUUUCUGCAGCAGAUGCAAGAGUUCCGGGACAAGUUAAAGCUGCUUAACAAUACUCCACUGCCGUCUCGGAAAGACAUGGACGUCGGUCCCCUUGUGCGUAAUUUCGACGUUAAAAACUGGGAUUCAUUGAGGCUCAGGGAAGUGGACAGGAUGUCGGUCCCCCACGAGAGUGGCUCCUACCGAAUAGGGAACAAACGCAUGGCAGUGCCCAGAUGGAUCAGCAUUCUUAUCCUCACACUUAUCAGCUCGUUGGUGCUGCCUCUGCUGCUGCCGCACACCUUCACAGCGUAUGUGACCUGGGAGGCUGAAUCAAUUCUCGCUGCACUUUUCUCUCUCUUUGCACAUACCGGUGCGUGCCUCCAGGAAAUCAAGAACAUUUACAUAUAUGUGGUUGAUGCAGGUCAGAAAUAUAUCAUGCAGUUAAUCGACUCUACUGCCCGCUUUAUUGACAGUUAUAAAUUACCCACUAACUAGAUAGCGUUAACUCACAGCUGUCAGAUAAUUUACACAUGACAAGUGAGAUGUAAAACUCUAGCGAGUACUUUAAAACAUCUAAUUGUUUACAUUAGUUGUUUUUGUUUGUUUGUUUUUUGCCUUAUUGAACAAGCUGCAACCUCGAUGAAGCCAUAGAAUCAAACGAAUCAACCCUUAAUCCUCUGAGGUUAUAGUCUUUUCAUCAAGUAAACACCAAUUCACUUUUUUUCCAUGUGCAAUCGAUUCCUUUUUUUUUUCCUAAAAAAGAAAAAAAAAUCAUUUCAUAUUUGUUCAACGUGAUUUUCACAAAUAAAUCUGAGAAUUUUGAGUCAACUCUUUGUUUUUAUUUAAU